AUGAGGGUCAAUAUAACGUGUGUGCCAGAGACUAGAUGGGUAGGAUCGAAGGCGAGAAAUGUAGACGGGUAUAAAUUAUGGUUCUCCGGAGUCAUGAAGGGCAAGAAUGGAGUGGGAAUUUUGGUGGAUAGGGAGCUUAGAGAGUCAGUGGUAAAGGUUAGACGGGUGAAUGAUAGAUUGAUGACGAUUAAGGUAGUAGUUGGAGGGAGCACUCUGAAUGCCAUUAGCGCUUACGCGCCGCAAACGGGCUUGGAUGAGGAGGUUAAAAGGCGCUUAUGGGAGGCGUUAGAUGAGAUGGUGCGGGGUAUUCUACCUACGGAGAAGCUAUUCAUAGAAGGGGAUUUCAAUGGUCAUAUUGGGUCGUCUGAUGGUGGCUAUGGUGAGGUGCACGGUGGCUUCGGCUUUGGUGAUAGGAACAGUGGUGUUACCUCACUAUUAGAUUUUGCUAGAGCUUUUGAGUUGGUGAUCGUGAACUCUAUGUUUCCGAAGAGAGAGGAACAUUUGGUUACUUUCCGGAGUAUGGUGGUUAAAAAUUAG